AUGCAGAGCCAUGAGCCGGACAGCAGCAUCCUGAUAGAGCAAGGAAGCCAUGGAGUGUAUGGAGGCUCCUGGAAGCCGUCAGAAUCGCUCUACCUGUUGGACUCUGGGUUCGUAAGCAUCUUUGCGGCUACUUUCUUGGUGUACUAUGGAAUCUCAUGUCUUUUGCACUUUGGUGUGCCGAGGAUCUUUCCGGUGAGGAGCGUGAGAGGGGGUAAGAAGCAGAACGAUGCCGACACAGUGAGAGAUGCGAUCCAAAGCGUGAUACCGGUCAGCAUCCGCGCGUUCAUGUUGUACUUAGCACAGAUGCUGCAUAACAAAGGGUACGGGGUACUUAAGAACGAUGAUCUAUCGGAAUACUUUCAAUCCCCAUUCAACGUGUUCCAUUCUAUCUUGAUGAUAUUUCUCUUGGAUGUUUUUCAUGAUACCUGGUUUUACUUCUUUCAUCGGCUACUUCACUAUCCGUACUUCAUGAAGCAUGUUCAUUACAUCCACCAUCAAUCCAAGGAUCCUAGCGCGUUCUCUGGCUACAGUUUUCAUUGGUUGGAAGCAGUCAUCAUGUUUGUGAAUGCGGUGGUUGAAAUAUUCAUCUUUCCCAUUCCCAUUCAGCUGCACAGGAUCUACGAGCUUUGGAUGAUCGCCAUUCACAUCGGAGGCCAUUGCGGCUACGAGAUUUUCCCCUACGUUCCGCACGUGAGCCAAUUGCUCUGGGCAGCAACUGGGAUGUCGGGAGACUUGAGAAAGCUUUUGAACGACGUGUAUCAUCACGACAUCCAUCAUCAGCACCCUGGUUAUCACUUCAGCUUGUACUUUACGCACUGGGACAAACUCUUGGGAACCAUCCAUCCGAAGUGGAACAAAUCAGUCGACCACUGA